UUCCUUUUUUUUUUUUUUGUUCACGACAAUUGCAAAUAAGUUAAGGAAAAAAGAAAAGCCACUUCUGGAUUCCUGGUUGUGAUUGUGAAGUUACCUCGCGUCUCCGCCCGACCUCAGGACACAGAUAGUACAGAGAAGAAGGCAGCGACGAUGCCAGACUCACCGGCUGAGGUGAAGACACAGUCCAGAUCGACCCCGCCCAGCAUGCCACCCCCGCCUCCAGCCGUCACCCAGGGAGCCACUCGACAUCCUUCCUUCACACCAAACACAAAUCGAGAAGAUGGGCCUCCCACGUUUCUGCCCCCUGGCCGCUUUCACGGCUGCUUGAAGUGGUCUAUGGUCUGUCUUUCUAGAGCGAGCGAGAGAGCGAGUGCGAGUGCAAGCGGGAGCGAACCUGAGCAGGCACGGGAGAGGCAGGGCUGCUGGCUUCCAGGACGACCCAAACACGGCGGGCAAGUGAUGAAUGGAAGUAGCCAUUCCCCAACGGCGAUCAACGGAGCCCCAUCGACCCCCAACGGGUUCAGCAAUGGCCCAGCCACCUCUUCUACAGCCUCGCUGUCCAACCAGCAGCUUCCGCCAGCUUGUGGCGCACGACAACUCAGCAAACUCAAACGCUUCCUCACCACUCUGCAGCAGUUUGGGAAUGACAUCUCCCCUGAGAUUGGGGAACGGGUCCGCACCUUGGUGCUAGGGCUGGUGAAUUCAACCCUGACAAUUGAGGAGUUCCACUCCAAACUCCAAGAAGCCACCAAUUUUCCUCUGCGUCCAUUUGUCAUUCCCUUCCUGAAGGCAAACCUGCCCCUGCUGCAGCGGGAGCUCCUCCACUGUGCCCGCCUGGCCAAGCAGACCCCAGCCCAGUACCUGGCCCAGCAUGAGCAGCUCCUGCUAGAUGCCAACGCUUCUUCUCCCAUCGACUCCUCCGAGCUUCUCCUGGAAGUCAAUGAGAAUGGCAAGAGGAGGACACCAGACAGGACCAAAGAGAAUGGGUUAGACCGAGACCCGCUGCACCCCGAACACCUCAGUAAACGGCCAUGCACCCUGAGCCCUGCCCAGAGGUACAGCCCCAACAAUGGGCUGAGCCAUCAACCCAAUGGGCUGCCCCACCCCACGCCUCCCCCACCUCAGCACUACCGCCUCGAGGACAUGGCUGUAGCCCACCACUACAGGGACACAUACCGGCCCCCUGACCCCCGAGAGCUGCGGGAGCGCCAUCGGCAAGUCGCUGUACAUGGCUCCCGGCAAGAAGAAGUGAUUGACCACAGGCUCACAGACCGAGAGUGGGCAGAGGAGUGGAAGCACCUCAACAAUCUCCUGAACUGUAUCAUGGAUAUGGUGGAGAAGACGCGGCGUUCUCUCACGGUGCUGCGCCGAUGCCAGGAGGCUGACCGGGAGGAACUCAACCACUGGAUCCGGCGUUACAGUGAUGCUGAGGACAUGAAGAAGGGCCCCAUCUCUGCCCCCUCCCGCCCACAUAAUAGCUCCUCCAACUCCGAGGGUCCCCAAUUAGAAAGUCACCGGGACUUUGUACCCCGGCCUCUAUCCGGUUAUAUGCCAGAAGAAAUCUGGAGAAAAGCUGAGGAAGCUGUGAACGAGGUAAAGCGCCAGGCGAUGUCCGAGCUGCAGAAGGCUGUGUCCGACGCAGAGCGCAAAGCCCAUGAGCUCAUCACGACCGAGCGAGCCAAGAUGGAGCGGGCCCUGGCAGAGGCCAAGCGGCAGGCCUCCGAGGACGCCCUGACCGUCGUCAAUCAGCAGGAAGACUCCAGCGAGAGCUGUUGGAACUGUGGUCGCAAAGCCAGCGAGACUUGCAGCGGCUGCAACACCGCCCGCUACUGCGGCUCCUUCUGCCAGCACAAGGACUGGGAGAAACACCACCACGUGUGUGGCCAGACACUCCAGGGCCUCCAGGCAGCCACGGGCACCACCCCGGCCAACGGGGUGGGCACUGCCCAGCCGGACGUAGUAGCCGUGGCUGUGGCCACCAGCCCCAGCGAGACCAGCUCAGCAGCCGCCUCCCGCUCGGGCACCCCAGCCACCCCAGCCCCCCUGGAAACCGCCUCCCGCUAGCCCCAUCCAGGGGGAGGAAGACACGACGGAAUCCAAGAACCUAUAGAAGUCACUGCUGCUACUGCUUUUCUCCAAAAGAAAAAAAAACUGCAUUCAAUGCAACUUCCUCAGCUACCUGACGAUUUCAUUCGACCUCCAAACGACCUCUAUCUCUUCGAGUGAUCCUCACAGAUCUUCAAAACUGGGCUUUAAAAGUGGAUUUCACAAAGAAAGUACAAACCUUCUUCUCCGUUAAUCUGUCUUUCUCUGUCUUGUCAAUUUCCCUCUUGUCUCUUUCUCUCUUGUCUCUUUCUCUCUUGUCUCUUUCUCUCCUCUCUUUCUCUAGUUCUCUCUCACAUUCUUGUUUUAAAUUUUUUUUAAAAAAAAAAUUUGGUGGCUUAUAUUUUCAGUGAAGGAUUUUGUUUGGGGAGGGUGGGUAGAGGGGAGCUUGUUCCUUGGUUUGGGCUUGCGUUUGUUUUUCCCCAAAAGAGCUACUCAGAAAUGGACAAAGAAAACUGUGGGGUUUUCAUUUUUGAGUGUGGUUUUUUUUUUCAAUGAAAAGGGAAAAAGAACUGUUCUUUUUAUAGCUGGAUAUUCUGCCAAAUUGCCCCCUGCGUGAUGGGAGGGGCAGGUGCAGCAAAGACGGUAAGAAGGAUUACAAUUUCUGAUGCAAGAAAUGUUUUUUGUUUUAUUUUUGUUUUUUUUUAUUUUUUUAAUGUCAAACUCUUUGGCUUUAAGUAAAAAUCCAAAAAGAUUUUUAAAAACAAAAGUAAAGGAAGCUUACUUGUAAACUACCUUGCUAGCUAGCCAAGAAUACCAGAUACACCUCUGCUCCAAAGGAAAUCCAAAAAGCAAACUCUCACAAGAAAACCAAUCCAGACUUCUUUUUGUCACUGCCAAAGUAUUUUUUGUUUGUUUUAUUACUCUUGGGUUCGUUUGAUUUGGGGCUGGUUGGUUGGAUUUUUGGUUCUUGGUUGGGGUUUUGCGUUUUUUCAGAGUGGGGGAAGGCCCCAGCUCUUUUUUUUUUUUUUGGUCAAACAAGGACACUCGUUUGUCCCAACCAAACAAUGAUGACUGCUCAGCUGGUGAAUCAUUGGCACCAGCAGUGAAGAAUGAGGCCCCCCAGUCCUAUUUUACUAGCUCAGCUCUCAGGCUUUGGAUCUCCCUCCCCAUCCCCCACCUUUCUGCCAGACUAUGGGAUUUGCAUCCAUGGCUUCAGAGUUUGGUUAUUAAACGUGAAUAAAGUUAAAAAGGAAAAAAAAAAAUCAUCAGGAUUGACCAAGCCAAGCCCAGGAAAAAAUUUUAAAACCCAGUAUGUGUAUGGAUAUGUGUGUGUGGGAACAUAUAUGUGUGAAUGUGUGUGUGUAUGUGUAAGGGGAAGAUACCUCUAUUUUCCCGCCCUCAAUGGAUUUUCAAUGCAUUUAAUUUUUCCGAUGAUGAAAAAAAAAGUGCUAAAGUGUUCCUUUCCAGAGAGAGCAUUGUUCUGAAAAAAAAAAAAAACUGUGACAAUCUUUUGGAUUGAUUCUUGACUGCUUUUCAGAGCAUGAGCAGAUAGCAACUUAUACCAAUACUUUCUGCUUCUUGUUUUCCUCCUCUACCUCUUUCUCUCCAUUCCCCCCACCCCUUGUCACAGUAUCUCCUUAUUGCUGUUCUCCUCUCUUCCACACUUUUGCAGGAAAAUACAACAAAACAAACAAACCACGACAACAACAGAAAAAAAAACCACCUUUGUAUUCUGCCCCCAUCCUACCUUCUGAAGACAAUUUUGAUUGCCUGUAUAUAAUCCCCUGCUUUUGUGUCCAGCUGUUCUUUCUUCUGCUCCUUUGAUGGAACAUGAUAGGUCUUUUCAUUUGAACAUUCUCCCUGUUACUGGCACCCUUUUGCCCCCUUCCCUUGCCCCCUCUGCCCCUUCCAACUCUCACAAGGAUUCCUAGGAGGAAAUGAAGGAGAAAGAAAAUUAAUACUUGUACUUAAUGGAAGAAAAACAAAAGAGAGACAAUGUAGACUAUUUUGCAUUUUCUUGUAUCAUUGUACAAAGUACAGAGGACGGGAGUGCAAUAUGGAGAGUGGCCCAGCUACUGAAAUAUGGGGGUUUCAAAAAGAUUCCCAGCCAGGAGUCAAGAAGUCAAUAUUGUACGUUAAUGUGAAUGUAUAUAGUAUUUGCAGAGGUCCAAAUAAUGAUAUUAAUGAUGAUGAUAAUAAAGAAAAGAUGUUUGCCAAAUAAAAAUAAGAGAAACCACUGAAGUAUGUAAAGUUUAGGAAACAGGUUUUAAGAAAAAAAAUCCGAAGUGUGGUCCUUGGGGAAGUGAUGGACUUUUUUUUUUUG